AUGUAUCUUGCAGACAUAUUCGACAUCAACAAGCAGUUCACGUUCUACGGUGUAUACCAUAGGAAUCCCAUUAAUGUCGCCAUUCACAUGGUAUGCGUCCCUAUGAUCCUAUGGACCGGACUGGUCAUGGGUACGAACCUUCCAUCUACGAUGUUCCCACCGAUCCACAUCGUCUUCAAUGACUACCUCGCUUUUGAUUUAAACUGGGCGUCGGUCGUCGCUGGCGCCUUUUUGUUUUAUUACUAUACCUUGGAACCCUUGGCCGCAUUGAUGUACACUCCUGAAAUGGCUCUCAUAACUCUGUCAGCCCUUAAAUUCGCACAUCGUCCAGAUCAUAUGGCCAUCGCUGGUGGAUUUCACGCGUUUGCUUGGAUCGCACAGUUCAUUGGCCACGGUUUUGCUGAGAAACGGGCGCCAGCUCUCAUCGACAAUAUCCUCGGGGCUGCCGUGCUUGCUCCAUUCUUUGUGCAUCUGGAACUCCUUUAUAAGCUCGGCUACCGGCCUGAGCUGCACAAACGCUAUCAAUAA